UAUUUUGCCAUAUGUGGUGACCUGGAAGUGACUAAGUACAUGCACGUUUGGAACUCAGGAACUUUAACAGUAUGGGAGACAGGUUCUGAGUAUAAUAAAAUUGUGAGGACUUAUUCGUGAGGAAAAUAUUUCUUGCCAGACGAAAUGAAUCGAAAGGAAGACUAUGACUCGUACGAAAUUGAGGAGCCAAGUGACGAGGAGAGAGCUAGCAGCUCUGAGGAUGAACUUGACAUCCUCCUCAAUGGAACUCCAGAACAGAAGAAGAAACUCCUUCGGGAAUACCUUACAGGGGAGAGCGAGUCUUCCAGUGAUGAUGAAUUCGAGAAGGAGAUGGAAGCAGAGCUCACUACCACCAUGAAGUCUAUCGAAGGCAACUGGGUAGCUCCUCUUGAACAAGCUGUUGUGUCCUCAGGAACAAGUGGAGGCUCUAAUCCAUCUGGAUCACAACCACCACAGAUGUAUGACAACAUCUACUUUGACACUGAUUCCGAUUCAGAUCAGGAGGGUAAAGCAGGAAGCUCCAAGUCUCAAAGAAAGAAAAAACAGCGCACCAUCCCUACAAAUGAUGAGUUAUUAUAUGAUCCAGAUGAAGAUGACCGUGAUCAAGCUUGGAUCGAUGCCAAGAGGAGACGGUAUAGAGUCGACCGCCGGUAUCAAGCAAACUUUGGAAGCAACAGGAUGCGGUCGCAGGGUCUUCCCUCCAGCGAUGCUGUACUGAACUGCCCCUCGUGCAUGACCAUGCUAUGUCUGGACUGUCAGAGACAUGAGAAAUUCAGGACGCAGUACAGAGCAAUGUUCGUAAUGAACUGCUCUGUCAACAAAGAGGAGGUUCUGAAGUACAAAGCACCACAGAGGAAGCAGAAGAAGCAGAGGAACAAGCGGAGACACGAGCAAAUGGACACAGAGCCUGAGGUCACCGAGCCUGAGGUCACACAGCUUCAGGUCACCCAGCUCGAGGUCACCCAGCUUCAGGUCACCCAGCCAGGAACCACAGACAGCCGUUUGGGAGGGAUGGCCGAGGACGAGAUCUACCAUCCAGUGCUGUGUACAGAGUGUUCCACAGAGGUGGCUGUGUAUGACAAGGAUGAGGUUUACCAUUUCUUCAACAUAUUGGCUAGCCACAGUUGAGGGCCACAAGGCGCCGAUUUGGAACACAUCUUCAUCAAGGGUCAUAGAGUUGACUUGCUGAGGUUUGAUUAUGUAAUUCUUGCCUUUUGCCAUCAAAUCGUGACAUUGAACAACUUUGUUACACAAGGAUUACUGUGUCAAAAUGUUUGAGGAAAGCAGUAAAUUAACUGAUUUUUACAGGCUGCCACCAUAAGUCUGUAAAUACUACCUCUAAUAGAGGUGAGUUGCCAAGCAUAUGGUUUGUUAAAAGUUGAUUUUUCCUUUACUUUUUUUUAUUGUGUUUGGGAAUAUUUAGGCUUCAGAGGUUUAGCAGUGAGAAGCAUUUUUUUUAAAACAUUGUCCUUGCAGUGCAGUGUACAACAUGAUAUAAAAUGUUAUAAAUCCCUGAA